AUGUCUGUGCACCCCAGAGUUGUCCACAGGAGGAGAGCCACCAUCACGGCUCUGCCUCUCUACUUCUCUGGACCCCUGUUGAAGAAAAAUAACAAAGAGAAGGAUUUCAAGAACUACUAUGGAGAGCUCCGCGGAUCCACACUGUUUCUGUACAAAGAUGACACACAAGAUACAUACACAGAGAAACUGGACCUGGAGCAGCUGAAGUCCAUGACGUUAGAUUCUCCGUAUCGGAAAAAGACGGCGACCAUCUUCACCCUCAAGCUGCACACAGAGAAGGUGCAGCUGAAGAUGGACAACCCUGACACAGGAGAGGUGUGGAGGGGUUACAUCCUGACCGUUGCCAAAAAAGAGAUUCCCAGUAAGCUGCAGCUGCUGCCUGGCCAGAUGUUGCUGCUUGAGGAUGUCCUGGCCGAGGAGAAGAGGAGAAAUCCCCCAACACGUCCAGCCCUCCCACCCCGUCCAUCUUUCCUUCGCCCAGCCUCCUCCCCCUCCUCCCCCUCGUGUUUCUUCAAUGUGACUCGGAGGGAGGCGGAGGAGAUGUUGGAGGCGAACCCAGAGUAUGGAAGCAUCAUCCUCCGCCCAUCCACCAUGGUCAACAACUACGCCCUGACCCUCAGACACCUCACACCCAGUGGUCCUGUCAUGAAGAACUUCAGGUUGACGUCCACAAACACAGGCUUUGUCAUUGGACUGGAAACAGCAGUGACAGUCUCCUCCUUGAAUGAUGUACUUCAAUACUUCCUUGAGAAGACAGAAUACCGUCUCCAACCUUACGCGGUGUCUGACAUCUACGACAUUCACAUUGGGGCGUCACCUGCUCCAAAGCCUGUCAGCGUCAACUCACCAUCGGCCAAAACUCUACCCAAGGCACAAGUAGCACCCAUGAUGCGUGCGCAGACCAAAGAGGAGCUUCUGCCCCCUCCAACCACGCCAGAGGAGGGUGAAUACGUGGUUCCUGAGGACCAAAGUCCGGAUUACAAAAACCUGAAGCAAGUUGAGUUGGCAAGUGAAGAGGAGCUUCUGCCCCCUCCAACCACGCCAGAGGAGGGUGAAUACGUGGUUCCUGAUGACCAAAGCCCGAAUUACAACAACCUAAAGCAAGUUGAGUUGGCAAUUGAAGAGGAGCUUCUGCCCCCUUCAACCACGCCAGAGGAGGGUGAAUAUGCGGUUCCUGAUGACCAAAGCCCGAAUUACAACAACCUAAAGCAAGUUACGUUGGAAAGUGAGCUUCGGGAAGUUUUACAAAUACGGCGGGAAAGCCUCUAUGCUAUGACCAGCAAGGACAAAGGCAACAUGAACAAGAAUGAAACCACUGGAAAAUCCCACUGUGCUGUGCGGUCAAAUUAA